GUUGGACUCGUGGAUCUUAGCCUGCAGGCCCAUCAAGGCAAUAACCGAACACGAGUUUCUCAGCCACAAGGUUGGGCACGAGGAGGGAGUCAGUCAAGCACUGCUCCAGCUUGACGCUCUUUCACGAUAUCGUCCACAGUAAAUUCAUCUGUUUCUUCUGUCUUUUGUGAUGUCUUCUUGCAACCUUUGAUGUACGAAUCUUGGCAUGAAAUCGGUGAACAUAAUGGAUACCAAGGAUAAUUUGACUAGGGCUGCCCUAGUACAGAACACAUCCUCUCUGAAUGAUUCAUCCCUGCUCAAACCAGAGCCAGUUUUAUCACAGCCCGUGUUUACCCUUGCGCCACUCUGCUCGCACCCUUGGCACCCAAUUCCUAGCUGCAGCAGUAGUCAUUUCUUCUCCCUUUUCUCGGAGGAAGAUUUCCCCCCUCUCAAGUCUCAACACACACAAGGCGUGCCUGGCCCAUCCAAUCUUCUGAAGCACACUGGUCCGGCGAACUCAUACCCGAGUCCACCUUCUACCGCUUCUACAUCAAAGUGCACCAUCCCUCUGCCAGAAGAAAGAGGCGAAUUUACCCCCAUCUUCACUACCCAUUCCCCCGGCGUCCUGGACUCGCCGACCGUUAUGCGCCGUGAGGACCUUGCUUGCCAUAGACCUCUAACGCCACCACCGACACAGCUGCUCUAUAACCUAGAGUUGCCAGGUUAUGACGAUGAUGACGAUUCGAUGUAUGACGAGAGCGGGCGCAGCACUCCUCAUCAGAGUGAUUUUGAAGAGGAUUUUGACGACGAGACAUCUGACAUGUCGGAUGGUUCCGCCGAGUCGGAGUCGCCGCUCUCACCUCUAUCACCACCCUGGAAGCCACCAGAACACGAUCUGGAGCAGUCGCAUUGGAAUGAUCCCCAAAGCUCAAAUUUUUCGUGGUCUCCCUUUUUAGAGAGCAAGGACAUUGAUGACCCUGAUAUGUCUAUACCGCUAUCUAACGACAUAACGCCCUUCUCAUCUGAUCAGGCGCCCUACCUUUUGGACAUCGACCCACCCCGUCCUAGACUCGUGCCACUCCAUAUACCCUGGUCAUCCUACCAGCGCAUGCACCAACUAGAUGAGCACCCCACGUCCUCCCCCCACCGUUCUGCGCUUUCAUUGACAAAUAUGGACAUCGAUGAUCCUCCAGAGCUCAGAUCUCCUCAUCUCUCCCAUUCAGAUCUCCCAGAGCUAGAGCACGAAAAUUCAUUACCUGAAAUACCACCAUCAUCUCCCAGCAGGCGCUCCUACUCCUCUCUUCCCGACGACUCAGAUAACCUACAACCUUCCACACCCUCUCCCAGUACAUCCCUUCUCUCACUCCCCGGCGCUGACACAGACGACGACCUCCUUCCCGAUGUAUCCGCAUUCGCGCCCCCUACACUUUUGCAAGGCGUCCCGUUCGUCCCUAGCCAGCCACUUUUGUUCAUCAACGACCCCAGAGACUUGCCCCUCCCGCGCUCACCCUCGCCCGAAGAUUUCAAUCUCUGCCUCUCCGUGCACGAUAUGGAUAGCGACCCCGAGCUCGCACAGCUCUUCGACUUGCGCAAGCGUGCGCUUGCUGCACUGCAGGGACCCCUUGAGGGCCCAGAGUGCGUAGAGCCAUGUCAUACGCGUAAGUCGUCGAAGAAGAGGGAGCGGGAGCGGAGUAAGGAGGUCGGGGCGUUGCUCAGGCUGAAGCUGGGCGACAAGUUCGGCAUGGAUGUAUGUGAGGGGAAGAGCCCUGAACGCCGCAAGAAAGGCGUGAUAGGGAGUGUAUCGCAGUUAGUCGCGCAGAUGGUGUUCCGGCGGCACGAAGCUUCGCGGCCGCUGGCGAAACGCAAACCGGUGUUAUCUGCGCAAGAUUACGUGCAGUCCCCACUUUCGGCUUAUGUCGCUGCUGAUUCCUAGCCUCGGGGAUUGGAUCGCCGGUCGUUUUUUUUUUAGGUGCGUAGGCUUGGAUUACGCGCGCUUAGUGUGGGGUGCUUAUUUUGGGCGUGUGGAUCGUGGUGCAGACUUCAGAUCUGAGGUGCAUUGUUUGGCGGUGUACGCUCAAGUGUUAUGUUGUUGGACUAUGUCCUUGUAUGCUUCUAGCUUGUAAUCACCAUUCACACUGCUAGCAUGGAACCGCUCUCCCAACCCCCUUUGUUGACCAUCUAUUGGAUUUAUGCUUCAGAUUUAGGAAUAGGCGCCCGUAUGCGACGGGAAAAAAAAUCGAACUACGUCGAAGACUAAGAAUCGUUGUACAUCAUCUUACAUGCUUGACUCAUAUAAUAUCUAUGCAGUUCUGUUCUUGAUAUGUAGUACACUGAACGAGAGCGUUCGAACUUCGC